AUGAAGGAAGUGGCACAAGAAUACAAAGUGUCUGCUGUCAUACCGACCCUUUUGAAGAAUUGGAUACUGCGUAUAGUGUAUGCUACAUUGGACCAUAUUCCUCCUUUUGUGUGGGAAAUUCUACAUGUCAUCACUGAUAUUUAUUUCUUUUGGGUUCAAAAAUUGGUUAACUAUGUGAGGCCACAUUCGAGAGUCAUUUAUUACAAUGCUAUUAAGAAGUUAGACGAGUGUGAUACGUAUCAAAUGUGGUGUCAACAAGCGUCUGUAGUAGAUGAAAUAACAGGCGCAAAUUUAUGGCGGCGGAAUUUCUUUUCGAGAAGGUACGACUUCAAUUCUGUCAUUGAACAGUACACCAUACUGGAAAACAUGUUAAGGGAGGAGAAGUAUGAUGUAGUUAAGGAAAAGUUCUCGACUACAGGGCCUUGUAUGUUGAGGAAUUUUGCAGGAAUUGGAGAUAAGAAGUUGUUCACAAAAUCUUUGAUGGGUACAAAGUUGCUUAUAGAACAAUACUUGACCCGGAUAUUGGAAGGCCUCGAUAUACUAAAUAGUCAGACUUUGACGCCAACGUCCUUUUUCCAAAGAUGUAAGUUGUCACUGGGUACUACAGCGUUGAUCUUGCAAGGUGGUUCAUUGUUUGGGCUGUUUCACCUGGGAGUGAUUAAAGGUUUAUUGUUGCAAGAUCUGAUGCCUAAUAUCAUAAGUGGCAGUUCUAUGGGGGCGUGCGUCGCAAGUUUAUUCGGUUGCUUAUCCAAUGAACAACUGAAGCAGCUAUUGACCGAUGACAACCUCUUGAAUAUCAUCAAGAAUGAUGUAGAUUUAUUAAAAAGUUGUGGAUACGGUAAUUUAGAGCAGCAUCUAAACCUGGGAACUUUAAUUCAAAAUCUGAUACACCACGGUUACUCUCAAGACGUCUAUCUUUUUAUCCGAUUUGUGAUGAAGUACAUUGUUAAAGAAAAAACUUUUGAAGAAGUUUAUCAAAUCACCGGAAAAGUUUUUAACAUUGUUAUUCAUCCAACGGAUAAAUCAUGCCCUAAUUUACUAAAUUAUGUUACGACGCCGAACGUAUUAAUUAAGUCUGCCAUUGAAUGUUCACUUGGUUCUGGUGUAAUCUCGCAAGAUACAUCAUUGUUAUGUAAAAACUUAGAAAAUGAAAUCGAGCCAUUUCUUAACAUCAAUAAGGAUAAACAAGUUAAAUUUUUGACCCCAGAAAAUGCUACCAAUCCGAAUAUAACGGAGAGCCCCUAUACUAGGUUAACGGAACUAUUCAAUGUUAAUAAUUUCAUUGUUUCUUUGGCAAGACCGUACUUGGCACCAUUAGUGGUGAAUGAUUUGAAGCAUGAAAUCAAAACAUCAAAAUAUUAUUAUUAUAAGCAUUAUCCGAAUAUGCCUCCUAUAAAGGCAAACACAGUAGGAAAAACACACAGCUCCUCUUCGCAAUCACCUAUAAAGGCAGCAGCUGUCGAAGAGCUCGAGGCAGAGCCUUUAAUGAGCCCUGCAACCCCAAGUUCGGCAGUCAAUGAUUCGGCAGAAUAUAUUAUCCCAGAAUUAGGCAUACCGCAGUUGAAUUUUACUGAAAUGGAACCGCUGGCGUUUAAAUUUAAGUAUCACUUGGAGAGAAAAUUAAAAAACAUCGCCACUAUGGAGUUUCGACAUAGGAUGGAGGUACUGGACAAUCUAGGCUUAUUGUGCUCAUUGAUAAAAAGGCUGAUCAUUGAUGAGAAGACUCCCAGAUCGGCUACGGAGAUUGCAGUGGUACCCAGGAUGAAAAGUUUGUCAUUAACAAGAAUUAUUGAAGGUCAAUUGAAUAAUAUUCCAUAUUGGAUAAAAUCAGGUGAACGAAGCACGUGGCCCGCAUUAGCUUUAAUCAAAACAAGAUGUGCAGUCGAAUUUAAAUUAGACGACAUAAUAAGGGCAAGAAGGAGUAGGUAA